UUCGAACUAGAGAGAAGGAUAUUGAAGCUAGCUUCAAAAGUAAAACACCAGCUAGUGCGAUUGAGUACUGUUUUCGCUGUUGGUUGUGAGAAGACUGGAAAAUCGUCGACAACUUCAAUUAGGUAGUGAGUCUUGAGCGAUAAGUGACCAUGAGGAUCCAGUUGUCUGUGGUCCGGAUUUAUGGUUAGGAUAGUCGCAGGAUUGCGUAGUUGAUUUUUACAAAAAAGAAAAUGAGUACUUCCCAAAAGGUGUCAAAAAGUAAGAAACACAAAAAGGGUGGAAAACGAGAAGACUUCGAUGAUAACGAUGAUGCGGGGCAGAUAACGGAAAAAAUAUCCGAAUUGAGCGUGAAAGAGCCAGUCCAAAAGUCUGGUCAAAAAACGCAUGGUGCCCAGAUGGUUUCUAAGGGUAAGAAAAAUAAGAAAAAUUCGAAGAAGGGGGACUUUUUUGACGAUGAGAAUUCCGGAGAUGAGGCUGAAAAGAACGAAUUAUACGUUGAAGAUUCGGACGCGGAUCGAAACGAAAAAAUUCACGCUGCCCAGCUGGUUCGAAAGGGCAAAAAGAAUAAGAAGAACGCUAAAAAAGAUCACUUAUUCGACGAUGAAAACUCUGCUGAAGAAGCGGAGAUUUCCGAACUUGCCGUCAAAGACUCUGAUGAUGAACAGGUAGAAAAAAAUGUUGCCACUCCGAUGACCCGAAAAGGUAAGAAGAACAAAAAGAAUAAAAAAACGGAUUUCUUUGACACCGAUAAUUCAGGGGAUGAAAUUAAAGAAAUCGCACGACUGAGCGAUGAGGGAUCAGAGGCGGAGUCGACCAGCAAAGCAAGUUCUGUCCAAUCAAAGCAUAAGGGUAAGAAAAAUAAAAAGAAUGCUAAGAAAGACGAGCGCUUUGAAGAUGAAGAAGUCAAGAACAAGUUAGAAGAUUUAUCCGAUGAGCUAGGCUCCGAAGAUCCAGAUGAGGAUGGUGAAAAGGUAUAUACUGCUCAGAUGGUGCGAAAGGGUAAGAAAAAUAAGAAGAAUAGCAAAAAGCCAGAGUUUGUCACAGAUAUAAGUGACGAUAAGCUGAUGGAGGAACUGCCUGAAGUAACCAUUGAUAAACCCGUGGUAAAGUUGACCCAUAAGGAAAAAAAGAAAUUGAAGAAACAACAAGAAUAUGAAGCUACUGUUGAACUUAUGACAAAGAAAGGUGGCCAAGGACACAGCGAAUUAGAAUCCAAUUUUACCGUAUCGCAGAGUAUAAAUCAAAGCAGAGGCCAACAGCAGCUAGAUAAUGCAGUCGAUAUCAAAGUUGAGAAUUUCAGCAUCGCCGCCAAAGGAAAAGAUCUUUUUACUAAUGCUAGUCUCUUAAUUGCUCAAGGAAGAAGAUACGGUCUUGUCGGUCCUAAUGGACAUGGUAAGACAACACUGCUUCGCCAUAUAGCACAAAGAGCAUUUGCCAUACCACCAAACAUAGAUAUUCUUUACUGCGAACAAGAAGUGGUCGCAGAUGAUACACCGGCUGUAGAAGAAGUGUUGAAAGCUGAUGUAAAGCGCACAGAAUUAAUGGGAGAAUGCAAAAAACUGGAGGAAAAAGCAGAACAGGGUGAUACCAAGGUUCAGGAACGUCUUCAGGAGGUUUAUGACGAACUUAAGGCGAUCGGCGCUGACUCAGCAGAACCUCGAGCACGUAGAAUCUUAGCUGGUCUAGGGUUUAGUCGUGCUAUGCAAGAUCGAGCAACAAAAAAUUUCUCCGGUGGUUGGCGAAUGCGUGUUUCAUUGGCUCGGGCUCUUUUUGUAGAGCCGACAUUGUUGUUACUUGAUGAACCGACAAAUCAUUUAGAUCUAAACGCUGUUAUUUGGUUGGAUAAUUAUCUCCAGGCUUGGAAGAAAACUUUACUGAUAGUAUCUCACGACCAGAGUUUUUUGGACAAUGUAUGCACAGACAUUAUACACUUGGAUCAGCAGAAAUUAUACUACUAUAAAGGAAAUUAUAGUAUGUUCAAAAAAAUGUACGUUCAGAAGCGUAAAGAACAGAUUAAGGCUUGGGAAAAGCAAGAAAAACGGUUGAGAGAUUUAAAAUCUUCGGGAUCUAGUAAAAAACAGGCUGAGAAAAAACAGAAGGAAGCUUUAACUAGGAAACAGGAGAAAAACAAAUCAAAAAUACAAAAGCAAGAAGAUGAUAAUGGACCCCAAGAAUUAUUGCAAAGGCCUAGGGAGUAUCUAGUCAAAUUUAGCUUCCCAGAUCCACCGCCGUUGCAGCCGCCUAUCCUUGGACUGCAUAACGUGACGUUUGCUUAUGCGGGCCAGAAACCGCUAUUUAUCAAUGUAGAUUUUGGUAUAGAUUUGAGCUCUCGAAUAGCAAUCGUUGGCCCUAACGGUGUUGGAAAGUCAACCUUUUUGAAACUUUUAACUGGAAAGCUUGAGCCGCAACAAGGAGAUUUGAUUAAAAAUCAUCGCUUGAGGAUAGGUAAAUUUGAUCAGCAUUCUGGAGAGCACUUGACAGCCGAAGAAACGCCGUCGGAAUACUUGAUGAGACUCUUCGAUUUGCCUUAUGAAAAAGCUAGGAAACAAUUGGGAACAUUUGGAUUAAGUUCCCACGCUCAUACAAUAAAGAUGAAAGAUCUUUCCGGUGGGCAGAAAGCGCGCGUUGCGUUAGCGGAACUCUGCCUUAAUGCUCCUGAUGUCGUUAUUCUCGAUGAACCUACGAAUAAUCUGGAUAUUGAAUCAAUUGAUGCUUUAGCCGAGGCUAUGAACGAAUAUAAGGGUGGUGUGAUCAUAGUUUCUCAUGACGAACGACUCAUUCGUGAGACGAGUUGUUGCCUAUACGUCAUUGAAGAUCAACGAAUCAACGAAAUCGACGGCGACUUCGAUGAUUACAGAAAAGAGCUUUUGGAAAGCCUCGGGGAGGUUGUGAAUAAUCCUAGCAUUGCUGCCAACGCGGCAGUCUUGCAGUGACCGUUUGCAGUUCGUAGCAUUUAGAUAAAAAAAAAAUUAUUUGGAUCAAGAGAUUAAUGUCGGUGCAGAAUCUCUAGGUAACUGGGCUUAAACAAUGAUUCUGGACUAGCACUAUCAACAAAAAAAAAGAUUGAAAAUAUUAGAAACGCUUCGUAUUUAUUCACCCAUAUAAAAAAUUGUGGAAACCGGAGCCAUCUGCGAAUCUUGUACGUAUAAUGAAAAACAUAAAUUAACGAGAAAAAAUCGAAAAUAAGUCCAGCAUGGUCUUCCUAAUUACCCAUUCGAAAUCCGAGUAUUUUACCAAUUAUUAAGCGAAUUAUUGAACAUUUGGAGCUGUGAAAGUGGAUCCGGUCCUUAUUUGGAAGAGUACUGAGUGAUGCACAAACCUUGUGGCUUCCAGCAUUGAAAAAAACUCUAAUUUCUGAAGGUGAAACAAAAAUUCUUCGAAUUAAGAACUAAAGUUUUGUUUUCAUUCAGUGGGAGUUUUCUUUUUUUUUUUUAUUGUCGACGAAAUAAAUGAAAUAGACAAUUCAUGCAAAAAAGGAUCAGCAUCAUUGUAUGCAACCAAUGAUUCCAGGUGCCACAUGAGUUUAUUCAUUUCAUAUUGUAUAGCCUUUUACACAAACGCAAGACAUUUGAAUCAAUCGGCCUUAAUGAAUUUGUGUAGACAAGAAUCAGGUUUGAAGAAGUAUGGGACGGAUAACGUGUCGCACUGUAUCUAUAUGAUAGUUAGGAAUAUAAUAAAUAUUGCAAUUGAUCGAUUGAAGAAAAGAAGAGCAAGAAAAUAGUAAAAUAUUGAAGAUUAAAUUAUUUUUAUCAAUAUUGUAGACUCUUUGAUAUGCUGUAACUGUGGUUUUGUAAAAAUUAUUGGAGAUUCGAUUA